AUGUCCGACAGUGACGAUGGGAACCCGGCCCCAGGGGGCCGGGAGAGUCCCGUGGGCAUGGCGGGGGCCUGGGUUGGGGCAAAUGGAGAUCAGGAUGCCCUGAUGCUCAACUCCGUGCCCCAGGGGGGCGGGGGGGACGCAGCCGCCGCCAUGGUGGCAGCAGAAGUUGCAGAGGCCAUGGAGAGCCUGGGGGAGGAGGCCCGGGCAGUGGGAGACCCUGAGGGCAAUGCCAGUGAUGAGGAUUCUGACAUUGGCCCAGCCGAGGAGGAGGAGAACCUGGAGCGGGGCCCAGAGAUGGCAGUAGAUGCCCACCAGUUCCCCAUGGCGGGCUUUCGCUUCAUGUUCCUGAACCUCUUGCACACGCUGCUACACCGCAUGCACUACAACAACCAUAUCCUCAUGCGUCCCCGCGGCAUCCGCAGGAUGUCCCGGUCCAGGCAUCACAGAUCUGGACGUGUGGCCCAGAUUCGUGUGAUUUUGAUGCCCGAGGGCUCCAGAGAACGGGUCGUAGCCAUGGUGCCCCAUGGCUCCAGAGAGAGGGUCAUAGCCAUGGUGCAUGAGUCUGCACAUGUACCUGAGAGAUUUGGACCUUGGGUCCCGGCCCUCCCAGAGCCCGAGGGCCAGGCCAGGGACAUGGUCGAGGAGUCGGCGGCUGGGGAGAUGGCAGAGGAGGCACAGGAGGAGCCCAGGCAGGAGGCCGAAGCCCCCCAGG